AUGAGCGCAUUCACGCCCACCAACGAGACGGGGCCUGCUCCCGCGACCCUGUCCAACACGGAUGGCCCCGGCGGCCCCUUUGACAAUACGCCCACGUCACAACACUCGCCACCUCCACCGACACUUUCGGGCGCGAAACAUCAGCAUAAUCACCAUCACAACAACCACCAGCAACAACCACAACUUCCGCAGCAGCUGCAGCACGAGCCGCUCCCGUCGCAUGCCCAGAUCGUGCAGCAUCAACCGCAAUCACAGCAGUCCCGCAGCGUCAAGCGGCCCAGACCGGUCAAGUCUUCAAACCUCUCGGACGGUUCAGACGUGGAGUCAACAGAAAUGAUCCGCCCCAUGAAGCGAACCUGCCCGCCUGGCUCGUCAGGAGCGCCUGGCGCGACCUCCACGGAUGUCGCUCACACCCCGGGCAAGGGCGCGGAUUCACCAAGUCUGCCACUUCUCGAGGAACUAUCCCUGCGUAUGGAGCGCCUAGAGAAGCAGGUCCGGGUGCGCAGCCCGGGGACCGAGUUUAGCGGUGGGAGACUCAUUGCUGCCUCCCAAAACACCAUCAGAGGGGUUUCGGUCAAGCGCGGGGCCCAACGGACACGCUAUUUUGGCCAGAAUAGCCCUCGCGUUUUGGUGAACCUGUUCGCCGACGCAAAAUCCUACAUGUCGAAUCAACAGCACUCGUCAAACCAUGCCGAGCUGUUCACCAGCUUCGGGGCGCUGCACAAGACGCUUCAAGAUAACUUCCACAAGGCCAUGAUGCCAAUCACCGUCUUUGUCGACUCCAUGAUGCCCGUCCAAAAGCGAAUGACGGAUAUACUACCCAAGAAGACGGUCUGCGACCGCCUCGUCGCCUCUUAUAUUGAUACAUCGGAGACGAUUUACAGGAUCCUCCACCUACCUACCUUUUCGGAGCAAUACGAGCUCUACUGGGAGGGCAAACUACAAUCAGAAUCGUUUCUCCCUAAGCUGCUGUCGGUGCUGUCAGUGGCAUCACGGUUCGAGACAAAGUCCAAAGGCAUGGGCCAUGAGCGCGUGGAAGGCGUGCACAUCCCCACCGCCUGUGCUCUUGUACGAACGUGGCUUGAUAACCUCAAAGGCAAACAACUGGUCGAUCUGUCGACCCUGCAAGUGGAGGUGCUGCUUUUGCACGCUCAAAGAAUGAUAACGCCGCGCGCACAAGAUUCUUGGACGCAGCUGGGCUUCGUGGUCCGCCUCGCCAUGACGAUGGGGCUGCACCGAGACCCGUCAGAAUGGGAACCCCGCAUGCCGGUAUUUCUGGGAGAGCUCAGAAGGAGGCUGUGGUUUACCAUUGUCGACAUGGACUUGCACAUGUCCUUGGCGUGCAACCUGCCCUGCCUCGUGCGCGACGGGGACUUUUCAUGCCGCCCGCCCCGCAAUCUCAACGACUCGGAGUUGUUUCUGGAUAUGAAAGAACUCCCUCCGACCAAACCGAUCGACCAGGUCACGGACAAUCAAAUGCAGGUGUAUGCCGCAAUGACGCUUGGGGUUCGCAUGCGCGUAGCGCCGUUGAUCAACCGGAUCGAUUCCAUGCGCGACUAUCAAGAAGUCAUGGAGGUUGGAGCCAAGCUGGAGAGAUUCUUGGACGAUAUCAACUACAUAUUUCCGCGCCACGGGAUACUGAACGAUACGCAAAGGAGUAAGCAGUGGCGGUGCCGCGUCAUCCUGGACAUGCACGUCAGGCGCCCCUUGCUAGCGCUCUACCGGCCCCUGGCCAUGGGCGUACCAGAAGUGCCACCGCAAAUAUCAAGGGCGUAUCUGAGGUCGUCUAUGGUUAUUCUGAAGUACCUGGACGAGUUGGACCCGCUCCUAGCACACUUCCAGGACAUUGCCGAGAUGUACCAUCAGAUCUUGAAAAGGGACAUCAUCCAGGCCGCCCUCAGCGUGUGCUUCUAUAUCCAGUCUGCCGUGCGACCCAAUUCCGAAGGCCUCGUUCUAGGUCAACAGGCGCUACGAAUGUCACCGGACUCUUCGGAUGACUUUCCGUCGUACACAGCCGAGAACCUUGUCUUGUGGUCGCCCGCAAGGCUCGUCAACACUGUUCAGAAGACGCUCGCGCUGCUCAUGAACAACAUUAGCGGCAGUGACACCAAGGAUAUCCUUUGCGUGGCUAUAGUGUUGGAGACUGUCAAGACUGCGGAUCCGAAGGCCCACGACAUCGCGCGGGAGCUGUAUGGGGUUCUCGACACCUGUUUGAGGGCAUCGAACCUAACGCGCGAGAAACUCCGCAUGUCGUUGGACCAUUUCCACCAGCCCAACGACUACAUGCGCAGCCGAGCAUCAUACGGGUACCCAGGGAGCUCCGGCAGUGCAAACCCGGCAGUCUCGGGGCCCAUGGGCGACAUUGGCGGCUGGAUACUGUGGGAAGGAUGGGACUGA